AAUUCAAAGAACAUAGUCGUUCUCCAGCACCAAGACUCCACUGGAGCAACGCAGCAAGCUUCAUCUUCACGGAGUAUUAGCCGGGAAAUGCGGAAGAAGAGCAAAUCUAAGAAGUCCAAAUCUGCGGUGAAACCUGCGGCAGAGACGGCGAAGACACAGAGCUCGUUCUCAUCCCCAUCGGAAAAGCUGAAAUCCGGCAGCGAAAUUGACGAAUUCUCCCCCGGAAAGAAGAGAAAUAAGCCGGAAAAAGCUUCAGAUGCGGGUGACGCGCAAUCGAUGCCGAAAAAGGCUACGGCGAAGGAAAAGGACACCAAUGUCCGCAAAGAAAACGGGUCGGCGUCCGGGUCAAGGGCAAGGAAGAAGACCGUCGAUGGGUUCGCCGUUUAUACAGAAGAGGAAUUGGGUUUUAACAAAGCAGAUGCCGGAGAUGGAUUGAAUGAUAGAGAGAUGUUACAUGAUAGUCGUAUGGCUCGUCUCCUCCCUCCUUGUGGUCUCAUCACAGAGAUGGCUACCAAUACCGCUGAUAACAAAAAAGAUCCGUGUUGGAAAUACGUUCGGUUGAAAGAUCCGAAAAUCACAAACAACACAACAUGUAUUUUUUGUGACCAAACGUACAGCGGGGGAAUUCAUAGAGCAAAGCAACAUGUAGUCGGGGGUUUCACAGCAGUCAGGGCUUGUGAAAAAGUGACAAGCGAAGUGAAGGAGGAGAUACGGAAUUAUAUGAAUUCGAAAAAGAGAGUUAGGGAGCAAAUUGUGAUGGAGAAAAGAAUUCAACCGCAACGGUUCCAUGAUGAAACAUUGAUGACCUUUGGUGAUGAAGAUGAUGAGGGGGCUGCACUGGCAUUUCCAGAGAUUAACAAAAGGGGGCCAAUGGGUAUGUUUGUAAGUCAUGGUUGUCAGCCCACGGCAAAUGGUAUGAUAGAACAAAAAAGAAUGAAUAAUGAUGCAUUGAAAGAGCUGAGGAGUCAAGCAUGUUCUGCAAUAGCACGAUGGAUGUAUGAUGCCGGUAUCCCUUUUAAUGCCGUUACUUAUGAAAGCUUUCAAGAUAUGAUUGACGCUAUCGGAAAACAUGGACCAGGAAUGAGAGCUCCAUCACUUCAUGAAGUUAGAGGUCCUUUGUUGACGAAAGAGGUUGAAGUUGUGAAAAAAGAAAUGGAAGAUCAUAGAGAAGAAUGGGAAAAGAAUGGGGAACUGAUCUCUGAGUUACUAAGUGAGUUUGUUGAAACAGUUGGUCUGGUAAAUGUAGUACAAGUAGUCACAGACAAUGGCUCAAACAUGAAGCUUGCAGGAGACCUUUUAAUGGCGAAGUAUCCUCACCUAUAUUGGACACCUUGUGCAACUCAUUGUUUGGACUUGAUUUUGGAGGAUAUAUUUCAAGAGAAAGAUAUCCACUUAACAUACAAAAAGGUUGUUAAGUUGAGCCGUUAUAUCUACACUCGUCCAGGUUUAGUGAACUUGUUGCGGAAGUUUACUAAAUUAGAUUUGGUUAGACCCGGAGUGACUCGUUUUGCCACCGUUGCCCUUACUCUGGAAAGGAUUUUUAUAUUGAGGGUAGAGUUAAGAACUUUGUUUGUUUCAGAUGCUUGGGCAAAAAGCAAGUGGGCGAAGGAACAAAAAGGUGUUCUAGCAUGUAACACUAUCCUAUCAGAGUCAUUUUGGAGAGGAAUGCGUAAAUCCUUAAAGAUCGCUACUCCUCUGAUCGAAGUUCUUCGACUAAUCGAUGGGGAAACCAAACCUGCAAUGGGGUAUAUAUAUAAGGCAAUGGAUAGAGCAAAGGGGGCAAUAGCAAAGAAUUUUGGAUACCAACAUGAGAAAUAUAGCCGAUUCUUUGACAUCAUCGAUGAGAGGUGGGGAGUUCAACUUCAUCAACCAUUGCACGCUGCGGGCCAUUAUUUGAACCCGGAGUACUUUUACUCUGAUCCAAAUAUUGAAUCCAACGAAGAGGUCGUAGAAGGAUUCUAUAAGGUGUUGGAAAAAUUAAUUCCAGACACGAAAAUACAAGACAACAUCACAAACGAGCUCAUAUCGUACCGGAAAGCAGAAGGUAUAAUGGGAUAUAAUAUUGCGAAGAGGCAACGAACUUCAAAACCAGCAGUGGAGUGGUGGAGAGCUUAUGGUGGAAGUGUACCAUUCUUGCAAAAAUUUGCUAUAAAAAUUUUGAGCUUAACAUGUAGUGCACUUGGAUGUGAGAGAAAUUGGAGCUUCUUUGAGCAUGUCCAUAGCAAAAAGAGGAAGAGGCUUGAUCAAACUAGGUUGAAUGACCUACUUUUUGUGAAAUACAAUCGAGCCCUCAAGAGGCAUCACAAGCUUGAAGACUUGAUUGAUCCAAUGUGCUUGGAUAAAAUUGACGAAUGUAGUGAUGAGUGGUUUGGGGGCGAAGACUGUUCAGAAGAAACGGACGAAGAGGAAGCAGUUGAUGGGCUCACUUGGCACGAUGGACGCCUUCGAGUGUAGAAAGCCGGUCCACGGGCAAAUGUCGUGGAGGUGCUGCUAAGUAGUCAACCGGAGUCGUUGGCUCUAGAACUAUUUUGAAUUUGGAUACACUAAAGGUGUACGCGUUUG